UGGGACGAUGAAGAAGAGGAUGUGGUCGAAGCGACAGUGGCAGAAGUAGCUUCACCAAUCCAGGAAGACCUGCUUGGCCCUGUAGGUGGUAAGCACCUAAAUAGAACGGCAAAUGGGCAAGUGUGCCAUGCUGGCUUUACUGCCUGGCCUCAGUUAAUGGAUGGUGAAGAUGGCAAGCGUCUGCGAGGCGAGUUGAAUGGUCGGAGUGGGAUUCUUAUGAGGCCAGCAGAAUAUGAGUCUGAUGCUAACGUAGAAGAAGGGGAAGAUGUAGAACAAAACGAACCGGAACACACCAGACCAGCAACUGCAGCAGGCCUUUUGAAUUGUACAUCAGGAUCUGGCCAAAUACCAGAGACUGACCUUCGGAGAUCCAUUUUUGAUAGUAAAUUGACGAGUAAACAACAGCUGAGCUUGCCUCCAGGUACAGUGCGGGUUCCAUCCAUGUUGCUAAAGCUUAAAGUUAAACCUUGGACACCACCCGCGCAGAAUCAACGAGCUGGUUCAGCCAAGGAGGAGUAA